AUGUUCCGCCGCCAACAACAUCCGGUGUUCUCCAACGCCCGUCACAGGCCGUCGGGCAGGACUUUCAAUGGUUCCGCAGCCGUCCACCUUCCGCCGGCCCCGCACACUUACACCGUAACCGAGUUAAACUUCCUCGACGAAGCCAGCCAUCAACAUGUCACCCAGCAACAUCUGUUCUACGCCCUCGAGCAUGUCGUUGAAGUGCUACAACAUCAUGGGAUCACAUACGGCGUCAUGGGCGGUAUGAGCUUGGUCUUGCUCGGCAACGAACACCGCAUCACUAGAGACGUGGAUAUUGGCGUUGACGUGGGAGUCCCGGAUAUGUUGAAUGCGUUCUCACGGGAUCAUCGUGUUUACCGGCCCAGCCCCACGGCCGCCACUACAAGCCAUGUUGCUAGGAUAUUCGUCCUGGUUGGAGGCACUCAUCGAGAGCCUGUCCGCCGGUUGCCCGUGGAGGUUGACCUAAUUCGACCUGGGCACCCAAGCAUGCCGCGGUCACUCGAGGCCGAAACCGAGGUCAUCACCGGGCGCACAGCAUUAGGCCCGCGCAGAUGGAACACCCUGUCGCUGCGCUACCUCUUCCUCUCCAAGUUGCGCGUUUUCCACUGCCUCGAGCGUGACCAGGACUUCAGGGACCUCGUCUGGCUGUGCUACCGGUUUCCAGACGACAUUGGCGGGUUUUCGCCGCAGCUGGACGAAAAUCUGCGCAGAACUUUCUUCGAAGCGUAUAAGCGGACUCGCCCGCCGAAGCAGAAACUGGGAUUCAUCUACGGUCGGGUCAGAGAUCUUGGUGGCGGGCUUUAA